AUGGAGGCUCAAGAUAUGGGCGGCGCCGUCCAGGCGCAUGAUAUCGGCCCCGUCAUGCCGGCACAGUCGUGUUACGACCCGAAGGCGCACAAGAUGGCCACCGACUACGUAGAUGGGGACUGGAAGACCUUUUGGGACUUUCUGCCAGACAAGGACGAGCCGUUCCUUUUCUCCACAGAUGGCAGACGUCCACUGAGUUUCAAAGAGCUCAAGGCGUUCAUCGUUGAUGAAAGAAACGACAUCCCAGGGAUGGGUCGCGAGGACCGGCUUUGUCUAGUUUUCCCGACGGGACCAGAGCUUGCAGUGGCCUACUUGGCCUUCGCAGUUCGCUGCACCGUCGCGCCGUUGAACCUGUAUCUGCGGGCGGAUGAGUUCGACUUCGAGUACGACGACUUGCCCUGUAAGGGCCUGGUGGUCCAGAAAGCAGAUGGCCUGGAUGCCGAAGACAAAGCGGCAACUACCAUAGCAGUGGCGCAGGCCAGAAAAAAGAAGAUUCAAAUAAUUCUUCAACUGAUCCCAUCGCCAGAGGUGGCAGGGCUCUUUACGAUCGAAAAGCAUGCAGCAGGGAAGCCCUUGACGGGUGAAAAGUUAGGUCCUCCACUCGAGACAGUGAAGCGAGAACAUGUUUGCCUGGUGUUGCACACUUCCGGCACGACGAAGAAGCCGAAGAUCGUGCCAAUCACGCACGAAAGCAUGGCAACUGGUGGUAUGUGCCAUGCAGCCGCCAAUCUACUUGGCCCUGAUGAUGUCUUCAUCAACACUAUGCCAAUGUUCCACAUCGCUGGCUUGAUGGAGAAUCUUCUCAUGUCUGCGUACAGUGGCGCAAAGUUUAUUGCACUGCCUGGGCAGUAUCAGGCCCACAGCUUUUUCGCGGCAAUGUCCAAAGAGCCCUUGCCCACCUCGUACUCGGCGGUGCCUGCCCACCACAUGUCUUUGAUGACGCUGGCCAAGGAAGCAAAGAACUUCGAGAGCCCGCUGCGCGUCAUCCGCAAUGACUCGGCCGCGCUUCUGCCUAGCCUUGCCGAGCAGAUGGAAGAGUUUUUCAAGGCGACAGUUUUGCCGGCCUAUUCCAUGACCGAGGCUAACCCUCUCUGCUCCAAUCCGCGGUUUGGUGUCAGGAAGCUGAAAUCCGUCGGACCGGCCGUUGGGCCCGAAGUGGCGGUCAUGGAAGGCUGGCCGGGAAACAAGCGCAUGGGUCCUGGAGAGGAGGGGGAGGUCUGCGUGAGGGGUCUCUGUGUCAUGAAGGGCUACGAGAUGAGGCCGCACAUGGACAAGGAUCCGAACGAAGAAGCCUUCACCGAUGGCUACAUGAGGAGCGGGGACAAGGGCUGGAUGGACGAGGACGGAUACCUCUACUUGAUCGGCCGCUUCAAGGAGCUCAUAAACCGAGCGGGUGAGAAGAUCUCCCCGUUCGAAGUGGAGGAUGCGGUCAGAAGGCACGCCGACGUGAGUGACGUUCUCUGCUUCUCUUGCCCCCAUAGCAUGCUCGGAGAAUCCGUCGGUGUCGUGGUGAUUCCCAAGGAGGGCAAGUCCCUGAAGCUCUUCGAUCUCCGCCAGUGGCUCAUGAAGGACAAGGUACUUCAGGACAAGUGGUGUCCCGAGGUGCUGGUGACGAUGAAAGAGCUUCCCAAAG